CCAGCAACUGCUUAUCAUCUUUUCUCAGCAUAGUCUCUGAUACGGCUUCCUACUUAAUGUAGUACAGUGAGAAUAUACGUUUGUGAUAGAGACACAUGGAACAGCUGAGGACAGAGCAAAAGGCAAAGCAAGUUCUGUUAAGGAGCUUGGCUAUGGGAGAAGAGGAUACAUUGUGGUAAUUCUCCCUUUGAUGCAGGCCCAGGGAAGAGAAGAGAAAAAGUUCCGGAUGAUGAAAAAUGGUACUUCAGCCCAGAAGGAAAAUGAAAGGUGGUUUUACUGAAGAGCACCUGUACUUGGCCUACUCCCAUCAGUUUGAAGAUUGCAUCAUUCCUCUCCACACUUCAAUAUCCUUGUUCUUGCUGUCCUACUGUGACUGCAAAUUAUUUAAAGUUUUCUUAGUGCCUGUUAGUGACAGUACAGAUGACCAGUUAUUUGACAAAGCACAACUUUAUGACCUAGAGGUCCACUUUAUUUCAAGAUGUCAACUCCCUUUGGUUGUCCAGAGCUGCUGUUUGCCUGCUAUAGUUGAAGAAAAUGGCAAAUUCUGUCGAGCUGGUCUUUCUGUUGUGUUGAGGCACAUAAUACAGGAAAUACAACAGGUUGAUCCAUCAAAGAAGUUGGUUUUGGAACUUUUGGGGUUUAAAAAGACCUGCCUAAAGGCCUGUGCUGAAGUAAGUCAGUGGACAAGACUUUGUGAGAUCAGCAUCCCUCAGGCUGUUGAGAACUUGCUGAAUGCAUCUCCCCAUCAAUAUGAGGACAUUCCAUCUGAGGUUUUGCUUUUUGAGAAGAAGCUAAGAGAACCUGUCAGAGUGCACAAUGAUGACAAAAUCCGAAGGCAGAAACUUCAACAGCAAAAGGCAGGUGAUAAGACUGCAGCACCCGCCAUUGCUAGAAGAGCAACAAAAAAUCUUAGCCCGGAAGAAGGAACAGUAAUGGACAUCCAGGAGCAAGAACUUGCAAGCCUGGAACUGAGAGUAGCUUUCUCAAAGCUAGUUGUGCAGGAAAUACCUGUUACAACAAGCAGGGAGCCCUCUCACAUCAGAAAAACAAAAACCUCUGAUCUUCCACCUCUGGAGCACGUUUUUGCUGAGGGGCUUUAUUUCACUCUGGCAGAUGUAGUACUCUUGCCAUGCAUCCAUCAAUUCUUGGUUUUCAGCAAGAAGAACAACAAAAAGCUAUUAGAUUUGCCGCUGGUAUCCAGGUGGUACCACAGAGUUCAGGAAGUGCCUGGAGUAAAGAACGCUGCUGCCAAAUGCAAUAUGCAGUUUCUCCAGUUUCCAGAUUUGUUGUUUUUCCCAGAUGAGCAGCUGAGAGACGUCUAUACAAUUCCUGAUGAUUUAAGGGAAAAAUGUGAAGACAGUCAGUUUAUAGGUGGUCCAAGGCCAACCAUGACAAAGUUAAUGGAAAGCGGUAUUGAAGCAAAGUUUUCUCCUCAUCCCUGCCCUAGGUGGACCCUAGACUGGAAUAGUCUACCAGCAGCAGUCAAUCCUGGAAAAGCAUGCAUUAUGAUGCAUCCAUAUCUGAAAUAUGCGGAAGAAUUUGUGAAAGUUUUGGUUAAAGGAAAGAUGUCUGGUGAUCGUGGUCUGAGGAAACAGCAGCAGUUGAACAAUCUGGUGUCCAUGGUGAUAAAACUAUCUAAGCCUGGAGAUGUGAUUGUGGAUUUUUGCAGUGGAGGGGGCCAUGUAGGAAUUGUUCUUGCUCACAUGUUGCCAUCAUGUCAGGUGGUGCUGAUAGAAAAUAAGGAGUUGUCACUGGUACGUGCUAAAGACAGAAGUGAUGAAUUAGGAUUGCACAACAUUUGGUUUAUUCAAGCAAACCUGGACUAUUUUAAAGGAACUUUUAAUAUUGGGGUGGCUCUGCAUGCUUGUGGCGUGGCAACUGACAUGGUGAUUGAACACUGCAUCAAGGCCCACGCAGCCUUUGUUGUCUGCCCUUGCUGUUACGGUUUCAUUCAGAACACAGUGAAAUUUAUGUUUCCUCGAAGUCACCAGUUCAAGGAAGUCUUAUCCUAUAAGGAGCACAUGAUUCUUUGCAGAUUUGCAGAUCAAACAGCUGUUCGGCUUCCACCCGAACGUAGACUAAUAGGAAAACACUGUAUGGGGCUGGUGGAUCUGGAUCGGGCAUGGGCUGCAGAAGGAUGCAACUACUCUGUCCAAGUGAUGUCCAUGGAGCCAGAGAGUUGCUCCCCAAAGAACAACAUGGUAGUGGGUGUCCCUAUUUAGAUUAAGAGAGUUCUAUUUGAUUUUAAUUAAACAUCAGUCAUGAUCAAUGCCUGAAAACACCUUAGGGGGUUCAAACUGCUGGGAAGCAGACAUUACACAUUCUGAACCUGUGGUUUUCAUAAGACUAAGUAGCGGGGAAAAGGCUUGGAAAGUGGGCUGCCUAUAGAGCAUUGCAAAUUCUACUUGUAAUAUGUUAUUAAAGGAUUGCUGGCUUUCAUAAUGAUAAUCCCCUCAAGCUUUCACCGCCCCACAGAGCAAGCUCCAGCAAAGGUUGGAAAGGGUUUGAUUUCAUUUCUGGAAAAGUGAUUUUCUUUUCAGUACAGCCAUCUCUGCUGAUCUUUCACAUUUGAAAUUACAGUUCAAAACGACAUUUAUGUUUGUAGGUUGAGUAUAUGACAGUAUUGCAGGUCUCCACAUGGACAAUAAAAGUUGCUGACCAUUUUGUACUUAAAUAUGAAAAAUCUAGUCACAUAUUUAUGGUGUGACUUUUCUUAUGGGCAGACUGUCCAAUAAUAGACUACAUGCUGUAUGGCAUUGGUAGCUUUUUCUUGUAAAAAGUCUCUACUGUUAUAACAGUAUUGUUUUCCAUAAAGAUCCUUGAAAUACUUUUUGUAUCAUUCUACUCAACAUAUAUAUUUUAAUCUCUUAAUUUUUUUUUAAUAAUUUACAUUGCUUUGGAAGUGUGGAAUGUGGAUUUUGUGCUCAGGAAUCUGAAAGUAUGGACAGUUGCUGAAAGUAAAAUCCUUCUGUUUAUCCAUGGUAUUGAGUGUGGCAGAUACUGUAUGAUCCUCCUGAUUAGAGAUGGACACCUAAGAUAAUUUUGGUUGUUGGCAAAAAAAAAAUUAUAUAUAUAUAUAUGGUUUUUGAUUGAUCCAAAAAUGAUUUUUUUCAACAUUUUUUUAUGAAACAAUAAUCAUGAUGAUAAUGAUGAUUUCGGGUUGAAUGACGAUGAUGAUGACGAUUUGCCCUGAAAUGAAAUGUGUUGUUUUCAUGUUGAACAUUUAAUGUUUUUUAAUAAAAUUAAAGAACAUUUUGAAAUAAAAAGUAAUUUUGAAUCAAAAUAAAAAAUGUUUCAUUUAUAAAAAUAUCAAAACAAAACAUUUAGAUUUUUUUAAACAAAAUAAUUUUGGCAAAAUUGACACAAUUGACAAAAUGUAUUUGUCACUGCAGUUAACUUCUUACCUCCAGCCUGCCCUCCCCCCAAAAUAGAAAGAUUGUGGGUGAAGGUUUCAGUUGUGUGCCUGAUACUGCCUUGCUAACCUUGGCAAGGAUUGUUAUUCACCUUAGGUUGAGACACUCAUUGCCAGGGCUGGCUCAUGGCUGUGCCAUUCCUAAAACAGAGUAAUGGUUAUAUUUGGAAAAGUCUGAACUUUUAUCUGUCAUUGUCAGUUAUUUUUACUAAAUUUAAAAUUUGUACACAACUGCAUUAUGGGAACCCUGUGAAAAUAUCAAUCAUAUGUUACAAUAAAAAGAAAAUGAAUCUCUUGCGAAAUAAGUAGAAUCUCUGUAUCCUAAUUUAAAUGAGUAGCAUCACUCUUUGACACUCACAGAAAUCAAAAUGCAAUAUAAUGAAUUUGUAUGAAAGACUUGAUUUGAUGCAUUUAUGAAUUUUGAAAUUUGUUACUUUAAAGCAGUGGUGGCCAACCUGUUCAUCAGGGUAAGCCUCCAGAUACUUUAUUUACUGUGUGUCCAAAGAUUACAGGGACUUGCUGGCCACUACUUCCUGCAGCUCCCAUUGUCUGGGAAUGACUUACCAUGACAUAUGGGAGCUGAGGGCAACCGCAUAUGUGGAUGCAAGAUAAACAACCUGUCUGGCGGUCCGCCAGUGUCUUACCCUGACAGACAACAUGCAUGCUGCAGGUUUGCCACCACCAAUUUAAAGUAUAACUAAGGUUUGGUCAAUAUGGAUAUCACCUUAGCUCUUCAGUGAGUGUUGAACAUGAAUCUACAUUGUACAAGAUGCUAGCAGACAUCGAGGAAAUAAAAUUAAUCCUCUGGAUUUUUUUCUGUCUGAUGGUUACAUCUCCAAAGGAUCCAGAUGACUUUUAGUGAAUGACAAUGGAAACUUCAUGCUGCUUCAUUUGGAAAUUCAGGAGUCCACAAACUGAUGUAACUUCACACACACAUCUUGAAUUUUUACGACACAAUGAUGCUUUUACACGAACUUCUUGACAUGUCAGGGAAGCAAGUGAUAUCUUAUUUUUUAAUCACUCUGGUAACAGUGAAGACAUUCCACAUUGUGGUUUGAGACUCGCCUAAAAUAGAUAACAGCAAACAAUGCGUCUUGCAAUUUCUUAAACAUAUCCAAAGAGAAGUUAGUUUUUGGAUACCAUUUCAAUUAAUUUAUCUUUCACUGACUCUAAGCAUAAUGUGAGGAGAGAGAAAAUUACUUAUUUGCUUGCUGCAUGUUGCACAGAAGAAAAGACUCACCAGGAUAAGUCAUAUGUUGUAAGCUCAAUUUUGUAUAUUAGAGGCUUGCUUUGGAGAGAUACAUCAAUCUAAGUAAGCCCUAAGCUGUUGGUUUUAACCCUGGUAAUUGCUAAGAAGUAGAUUUAAGGGGUAAACUUUGCUGAUCAUGUUAGUCUAGUAUCCAACUGUAAUAGUUUUUUAUUAAUUUACAUUUGUAGUUUGAUAUCAUACUUAAAAUGUCUGGAGUUUCUAUUUGAAUAAUCUAUAAUUUUGUCUUUCCAGCUAGCAAGAAGGGUUUGGAGGUAGGAGGUGUUUUGAGCUAACAACUGCAGACACCUGCCCUGGAGUUGACCAUUGAAUAAAAGCUGGGGAGGGAGAACCGUCAUCCUAGGGACCAGGGGAGCUAAUUCAGGCAAACAUCGAUGUAGUUGUCGGUGUACGUGUAUUUCUAUCUUUAUUUCCACCCUUUUUCUUUCUGUGUUUCUGUUAUAUGAGUUAGCUGCUUUCAGAAUUCCUUAUCAAUGCAUUUUAGCAUUGCUGUGUUUAUGUGGAACUAAUAGUAUACACAUGCAUUCCUAAGUGUGGGCAGUGUGCCUCCUUACUAUCUUAGGCCACGUCUUCGCUAUGUGGAAGAUUGAUGCUGCCUCAAUUAAUCUUCCAGGGUUCGAUUUAGUGGGUGAAGUGAAGACCUGCUAGAUUCAACUCAGAGGGCGCCUCCGCUAGUGCCACUAUUCCUUCUUCUCACUAAGAGUAAGGGAAGUCAAUGGGAGUGUUUGCUUCUGUUGACCUCCCACUGUGGGGGUGUCGAGGAAACUCGAUUUAAGGUAUGUUGAUUUCAGCUAUGUAAUUAACGUAGCUGGAGUUGUGUAUCUUAAUUUGACUUUCUGCUGUAGUGUAGAGCAGGCCUUAGAAUCAUGGGACUGGGAGGGGACCUUGAGAGGUCAUCUAGUUCAGUCCCCUGCACUUAUGGCAGGAUUAAGUUUUAUGUAUACUAACCCUGACAACUGUUUGUUUAACCUUUAUUUCUUAAUUUAAUCUUAUCGAAAUGCAUGAUGACAUUAAUAUUGUUCCAUUAAACUGAUCUACUAGUUUAUUAUGAAAGGCAAAUUUGUUGUAUAUAUUAGUUGUUUCUACUGUCAUGCCUAUAAAACAUUUUGUUCAUAGGGCUGUAAAAAUUCUAGAUUGGGAUUUUUCUCAAGAUCAUGAAUGUUUGACUUCCAAAUUUUUGUCUAAAGGGCCUUUGGAACAUGUUUUCAAACGUAAUUUUAUGGAUUUAAUAGCAGAAAUGUCACUUUGGAUGCUGAACUUCAAAGUAUUAAUAUAAUAUUGUUAUAUUAAUGAUAAAUCUGACUUAGUGGCAGGUCCUGCCAAGAGGUGUAUUUAUUUUCAUUGUAAACUAUAUUUAUGUCUAUAUCUUAUCUAUAUCUAGAGAGAGAGAGAGAGAUUUUAAUUGAAAAAUAAAUGGAUACCUAAGGUGACAUCCAUCCUUUUUGCAAAUUUCCUGAAGCUUUUCUGUAAACAGAGAUAGUUGCAAAGUUGAAACGUCUGCAUGGGAUUUCUGCAGCAACCAUUGUUUUGCCCAUGAAGCUGUGAUCAUUGCGUAUGACUCCAGGUUCAUUUGUGUGUAUGACUCAAUCUGAAUUCUUCUACAUUAUCCCCAUUUUAUGACUUUGAAAUAAAUGAAGGCUCCUAAUAACCUGUUUUAUCUAUUUACAAGGCUGGCUUUAAAGUGUUAUUUAUACACUAUGUUUACAAAAAGGAGGCACACCAAAAACACAUUCCACGUACAGAAACUUUCACUUAAAUUAUUGGUGGCUUUCAUGGUUACAGUCAAUAUUUUCUAGCAAGUUCCAAAAUUAGACGACAACAUUAAAUGAAACUUUUGAUUUCCUAAAUGAAUAAUUGAUUAAAGAUAUAUGCAAAGGGUGAAGCUGAAAACUUGUUUCAUUUGACUCUUAAUUGUGUUUC